AUGCAAUCAGCGGCGCUGAUUGCGCUGCUGGUGGUGACGUGUGCUCGCUCAGCUGCGGCCUUCACCUGGGAGGCCUGCGAUGCCGCCACCGCCCCGUUCAAGCCCUCGGAGGUGGUGCUGUUGCCCGACCCUCCCGUCAUUGGCAACCAGGUGUCCUUCACCAUCAAGGGCAGCGCAGACCGCGAUGUGGCGGCGGGCUCCAUCAGCAUGAGCGUGUCGUUUGUGGGCACGCCCAUCUACGAGACCAGCGACGACCUCUGCACCAAGACGGCCUGCCCCAUCGCCCCCGGCCCCCUGGAGGUCAAGUACGUUCAAGACCUGCCACCCAUUGCACCCCCGGGCGACUAUGAUGUCACCCUCAAGGCGCGUGAUGUCACCAAUAACGAGCUGCUGUGUGUCACCGUGCACUUCACCAUGGUGCCCGCACCCAGCGCUGUCAGGGCUGUGCAGGCCAGCAGCAGCGGCAGCGGGCUGGUGAUUGGGGCGAAUGCAGAGAGGGAGCGGCUGGUGGCCACCAGCAGGAAGCUGCUUUUCCUGAAGCUGUGA